ACCCUCCAAUCUAAUAAGCUUCUUAGGCAGCCAUGGGAAUAGAAGGAAGAAGUCCUCCAUCUCGGCGGUUUCUGGCCGCGACGCUAAUUGCAUAUUGUGCCUUCUUCCUUAUGAUCGCUUGCUGUCGUGCCACUCAUGUUCAAAAUCGAAAGGUGUAUAUAGCAUACAUGGGCAACUGUCCAAAGAGCCAAGCUUCUCUUCCCGCGCUGCACUUCGGCUUGCUUCACCGCAUCAUUGGCAAUGCUAAGGUCGCCUCAGAUUCCUUGAUCUACAGCUACCAUCGGACCUUCAACGGCUUCGCUGCCAGACUAACAGAGGCCGAGCAUCAGAAACUUUCCGCCUAUGAAGGUGUAGUUUCUGUAUUCCCCAACAAGAUCGCGAAGCUCCACACGACGAGAUCAUGGGAUUUCAUCCGCUACCCCAAGAAUGCUUCGACAUCAACCCGCCGCCAACAGAGCAACCUGAUCAUUGGAGUGCUCGACACCGGAAUCUGGCCGGAAUCGCCUAGCUUCGACGAUUCCGGCUACGGCCCGCCUCCAAAGAAAUUCAAGGGCAGAUGCCAAUCGUCCUCGAAUUUCAGCUGCAACAAUAAGAUCGUUGGGGCCAGGUUCUACAACGCCGCAGGAGAUUACGUUCCAGGGGACAUCAUUUCGCCCCGGGAUUCCCAAGGCCAUGGAAGUCACACUGCAUCUACUGCAGCAGGGAACUUUGUCACCCCGGCUAAUCUCUAUGGCAUCGCCAAUGGGACUGCCCGCGGCGGGGUCCCCGCGGCUCGAAUUGCAGUCUACAAGAUAUGCUGGGCUUACGGAUGUUCAUAUGUUGAUAUUAUGAAAGCUUUUGAUGAUGCUUGUUCUGAUGGAAUCGACAUGGUCUCGCUCUCGGCUGGUGGUUCGCCGAUGGAGUAUUUCCCACGGCCCCUGAGUGCCAAGUAUAAUCCCGAGGCUGAGCUAGCAUAUGGGACGGGACAAAUCGAUCCAAUCAAGGCAGCAGAUCCUGGGCUUGUAUUUGAUGCUGGGGAGAAGGAUUAUGUCAAAUUUCUCUGCGGCCUGGGCUAUUCGACCAAACAACUCCGGCUUGUCACAGGAGACCCGAGUGCUUGUACUGCAGCUACAAAUAGAACCCUAUGGGAUCUAAACUAUCCUAGUUUUGCCAUAUCAGCAAACAGAUCAGGAGUCUCUGUGAGUAGGGUAUUUCGCAGAACUGUAACCAAUGUUGGAUCAGCGAAUGCGACCUAUAAAGCCACGGUAAUUGCACCAGCAAACCUCAGGGUCAGAGUUAGCCCAAGUGUGCUUAGUUUCAAGACUAUUGGGAAGAAAAAGUCAUUUGCUUUGACAGUCUCUACCGUGGUUGGGCAGAACACCAUCUCUGGUGUUCUUGUCUGGAGUGAUGGGAAGCAUGUAGUAAGGAGCCCUAUUGCUGCAUUUGUGUCAUCCAGUGAAUGAUCAAUAAGCUGGGGUGUUUGUUUCUCUUAAAUAUAUUUGCAGUUAUAGCAGAAUCGAAGUUGGUAAUGUACUUUGAUUCUCUACAUUGAAAUAUAAUAAUCAUCUUUUUAACUCGUUUGCUGCCAGAUAUAAUAUCAUGUGUACUGUAGAUACCUUCCACCCAGUCGAUAACAAGGCUACAGCAUUUGAUAAAUUAACAAGGAUGGUGAUGUUGGGGAAUGAAUCCAAUAAUCCUUCCAUAAUCAACAAAGUCACCUCAGUUUUAACAAGUCUAAGUCAUCGCCAUAGCUAAGAAACUUUGCAAACAUGA